AUGAACGAUGGGGACACCGAUACUGAUCACAGGGAGAAUGAGCGACCUGCUCAACCUGACCGAGAUGUGAGACCUUGGGUCCCCUGGACAUUACGCCGCCCAUUCCUCUGCUCACUGGCGGGGCUAUUCCUGAUUUUCGGCAUCGUACUGGAAGUUCUCCGCCAAGUCUCGGAACGCAAACAUGGCCUGGUCAUCUACAAAACAGUCGAAGAGAUGCCGAAAAUCAUCUCAGGAGUCUACAUUUACGUCCCUGUGGCUCUGGCAGUGGUAGCGGUGACCUUGUGGCAGUUUUGCGCCGCCGAUGCUCUUCGUCUGGAGCCGUACUUUCAGCUCGCAAAACCCGAGGGCGUGUCUGCAACAGCUCUCUUUACCAACUACACAUUUCGCCCUGAUGCGAUGGCUCCGAUCAUUGCGGUCUGCAAUCGCCACUGGUUGAUUUUACUUAUUUCCACCUUGUCUGUUGGUUUUCGGAUCUCGUUGCCGUCCUUGCUCUCAGGUCUCGUGGUGUUGACCGAAGCAGAGCUCAAGCAAGCGUACAAUGUUACCACCUGGCCAAAGUUGCUCGAUGAAGAUACCCAGGAAAGCUGGUUUGCCGCUCAGACCGUUCGUGAAACCAAUCAUUCAAUGAUACGCACCACCGAUGAAUUCUUGCUCUACCGGUCCUUUGAUUACGCCACAGCGGCAGUCUCUAUGCCGAUCGAUGAGAAUGAAACAUCCGUUUUAUCAAUCAACCAGACAGUAUAUUGGAGCGAGCUGAGUUGUCAGAAUUCUUCAUUAACGAACAUCACAUGGCAAUCGUACCCAACGGAGAGUGAUAUCAGCAAUCUUCGGCAGUGGCGCACGGAAGGGGUGAGUUUUCCUUCUGGCCACGAAGACUCUGCUUGUAUUGUCAACUUCACCCUCAAUACUACAAAGCACCAACAAGAUGGUGCAUUCCAGCUGCGCUACUGGGAGCCGAUUCUUACUCAAUCUGUGUCCAGCCAGGGCCCAGUGUUUGGUAACAAGCACUGUGAAGACUACGCACUCCUCGGCUUAUUCGUUGACAUCGAUGAGGGCUCGCAGAAAAUCGCAGGUCAUAUUUCCAACGCUACAGCAUUUGCCUGCAGUGCGAAAUAUCAGUCAGCGGAGGCCCAAGUGAAACUCGGCGUCGAUGCCUCGAUAAGCGAAGUUGAGGUUAACUCAUCUACCAUCAAGGAACUCCAAAAAUCACAAUUCUUCGACGAGGGGUUUCGGGAGUUUCUCUAUGAUAAAAUGAGUCUACUUGAUUAUUCGAAUUCGCAAACCCGGAAGGCUUCUACGAAAACUUCACUUAAUUAUCAAUCGUCACGACCUAUUCUUGAUCUGGAUCAGAGCGGUCUUUCUCCAGCAGUCGAUCUACUUGAGUAUCAAAACCAGGUCGCUCGCUUUUGGAAAUCCGAGUUUACCAUUGCCAUGAACAAAUUAUUUGACGUGACAAUUUCAACCAACGUUGAAGCCAGUCAAGCCACAACUUUUGUGGUCCUGGAUGUUUUAUCAAAGCCGGCUGUCACAGCAGAAAUGUUCCUGCUGACUGCCGUGCUUUUGCUUCUUUUACUAGUGAUUGUAUACCCUCGACGCCCAAACUUUCUCCAAAGUGACCCCGGAUCAAUUGUGGCUCAGUGUGCCGUCGUUGCGGAUUUGUUUACCCACGAAAAUCCCCUGACCAAAUUCGAUAACAAGUUCAGCCAUGCCACCUCCCAACAGCUUCGUCGAUGGGCGAAGAACUUCAAGUGUCAAUGGACUGAUGGGCCGAAUGGCAGAAAGAUUGAUAUCGUCCCAGUGUGUUCCAACAUGUCACCAGCAGAGCUGGCACUACCGCUCUCCAGGAGACAUACAGACCGGAGACCUCACUUCGUCAUUCUGCCCUGGUUUCUAGCAGAGUGUGUCUUACUGAUGGGUACCGUGGUCACAUACGGCCUCUCUCUGAGUGCGUUUUCAGUCAGAGAUAUCAACUACAGGUCCAAUAAGCAGUUUGGGUUCAUGGUAUUCUUGUUGUUUGGGCCCACACUCAUAUCAUCAUUGGUCAGCUCUCUACUUGCUUCAGUCUUGCGAUCUUUGACUAUAAUUGAAACCUGGGGGCGACUGCAGAAAGGGAGGGCCUCACUUCAAAAGACACUGGCAAAGAACUACGGAUCCCACAUCCCACUGUCAAUCCUUUUCCACAAUAUUUGUCAAGGGCCCGCGAUUCCCAUAGCUCUGUCUAUCAUCUGCACACUGGGACUCUUCCAUACAAUUGUCAGUGGUGGAAUGUUUGAAUCCCAAAACAAAGCUUACAGCGAAAAAGUCACCAACCUCUAUGAUCUCAGCGAUAAUACGUCGUUCCGAAUUCCUACUUCAGACCUCCAAUUUGAUGGAAUUGGUCUAAUGUUGAACCACCUGAACAGAGGCACCCCUAUUUUCCCUUGGCAAGAUGAUCAACAUGCGUUUCUUCCCAUGCCUUUCUCCGACAUAAAGCCCGAGAUAACAACCGUGGACUACACGGCCGUGACAACUGGAAUUGGAGCAGACCCUCGAUGCCAUCAAAUCUAUUUGGAUCAACCACAGAUUGACCACCUCUCAGGAUUGCAAAGUUGGAACUACACAAACCCAUCCGGUCUCACUUGCACAAUGCAGGACCAGAACGCCACCAAAGGCGCCUUCAUCAAGAGAUCCAUAUCAUAUCUGCAACCGGACUCGGUCUCUUCUAUGGAUCCUAGCUGCCAAUCCGCAGUGGUAGUACUCGCUCGCUGGGAUACCAUGAUGAGAUCGCCAAUGAACACCCAAAACUACAUCGCCCUGGCAUGUGAUGUUUCUAUCGCAGUUAGGCAAUCCGAAGUCACAUUCAGCGGAGAUGGCACUGUAUUAUCUUCUCGGCCCACAAAAGAUUCAACCGUACACAACAUGUCACACUCUGAAGUGGCACAUUUCAACGGGGUGAUAAUGAGCUAUACGAAACCGUAUACACCUCUUGGGAAUGCAUCUUUCUUCCAUCUUGAUUGGGCUGGAAUGAUGACCGUAGCUCAAUACGAUCGCCAUCACGCCAGCUCCCAGUUAUCUUUCGAACCCGAGUAUCUGAUCACUGCCGUCCAGUCAACAUAUCAGCAGAUCUUCCGUGCUUAUCUCAGCUUCAACAUGGACUUGUACUAUCGAGCAUACACUGGUUUUGUCACUCCAAACGUGGCAGCGACGAAAGUUUCAACUACCUGGGGUCUCUUCCCAUCGCCCGUGUCAAUCAUUAUGGCAAUGGUCCUGUUGUCGCUAGAUGUCGUGAUGGUCAUCAUCGUCUUCACUGCACGCUCUACCUAUUUCCGUGCCCCUCGAAUACCUACCACGUUGGGCUCGCUGAUCCCAUGGAUCGCCAACAGCAACAUGAUAUCUGACUUCCGAGAACUGGCACGGAUAGGAAAAAGCAAGUCGCAGAUAUACCAAGUGCAGAGCGAGAGACAGUACCGAUUUGGUCUUUCUGAUGAUGGGACUGAUGAUGGAAGGUGGUUACUUGACUACGAUCAUUCGAAUCUCGAAGAUAUUGGCCAUGAGCUGGACCAGUUUCCUCAUUGGUCAUCGGCCAGCAGAUUCCUCCGCGGCCGGUUUUCGCAAUCGCACGGUGCUGGAGACGUGGCUAUCGCUUCUUCAACUCAGCGGGCAUCUUAUACCUCAAGAUUUACUGGAUAUAUAGGGAACCUUAUCAAAAGGCGAGCAAAAAGACACACCUUGCCUCCAUAG